AUGACGACGACGACGACGACGACGAAACAGACCGACGGCAAGUUGAGCGCCACGGAGAUCAUCCGACGGGCGCAGGAGAAGGUGAAAGACCCCAAGUGCGAUGCGCUGAAGCCGAUUGUGUGGAUCGACUGCGAGAUGACCGGGUUGGACCACCACAACGACACCAUCAUCGAGAUCUGCUGUCUUGUGACAGACAAGAACUUGAACCUCAUCGACGAGCAGGGGUACGAGUCCGUCAUCCACGCGUCGAAGGAGACGAUGGACGCCAUGAGCGAGUGGUGCGUUCUCCACCACGGCCAGUCCGGCCUCACGGAGAAGGUGAUCAACUCGACCAAGACGCGGGAGCAGGUCGAGCAGGAGUUGCUCGCAUACUUGGACAAGUACAUGAACAAGGGCGUCGGCAUCCUUGCCGGCAACAGCGUGCACAUGGACCGUCUCUUCAUGCUCAAGGACAUGCCGCGCGUCGUCGACCACCUUACCUACCGCAUCAUCGACGUCAGCUCCGUCAUGGAGAUAGCAAAGCGCUUCAACCCGACCGUCGCCAACGGCCGUCCCAAGAAGAAGGGCGCCCACACUGCCCGGGAGGACAUCCUCGAGAGCAUCCAGGACCUCGUCUACUACCGUGGCGUCUACCUCAAGUCACCUGCCGAGGCUGACAAGGCUGCCGUCGCUGCCUUCUUAGAAAGUCCUGCCUGGACCGGCACCAGUGCCUCUUCCAAAGACCAGCCGGCCGAUUCAUCCCCCAAGGACAACACCGAGCCUGUCGCGCCGCGACAUGUCGCCAAGAAACGAAAGAUCUGA